AUGAAUGCCUCAACCCAACAGUCACCAGGAGUUGAUUUCAAGAGAACCCACAAUGAUUCUACUAGUUCAUCACAUGAUUUAAGUAAUAAAACGACUCCAGUUAACAGAACUCCAGAGAAAAAACCUCAAAGAAGGAGUUUACAAUUUUUUUUGCCCAAAUUACCUUCUAGCGAAUCUAUAAAUAUGGCUUCAAACACUCCUUCACCUAACAUAUUAACCCCGAAUAGUGCUUUGGAAUCGUCGCCACAUCUGUCCGCUUCAAAGUUAGCUAGAAAAGAAUCAUACAAAGCCCAAAGAAAAAAUUACAGGCAGGAAAAAAAACGAGUUGCUGACGAAUUGCUUAAUUCUCUUAAAGAUCCAUCUGUAAUAGUUCUUGCAGACUGGUUAAAAGUGAGAGGAACCUUAAAGAGUUGGACAAAAUUAUGGUGCAUUCUUAAACCUGGUCUUUUACUUCUUUACAAAAGUCCUAAAAUUAAGAGUAAUCAUUGGGUUGGAACCGUCGUGUUAAAUGCAUGUUCAAUAAUUGAAAGGCCGUCCAAAAAAGAUGGAUUUUGUUUUAAAUUAUUUCAUCCCAUGGAACAGUCUAUUUGGGCUCCAAGAGGGCCAGAAAAAGAAACCAUUGGUGCCGUUGUGCAGCCAUUACCAACAUCGUACUUAAUUUUUAGAGCUCCUUCUCAGCAAGCGGGUAAAUGUUGGUUGGAUGCCCUGGAGCUUUCGGUGCGAUGUUCCACUUUGUUGGUUCGAUCCUUUAGUCGACCAAGUCACGUCCAAACUUCUGAUAACGAUUUAACCGCCAAUCAUGACACUCAGUGGAGUGAAGCUGAUUUUGAAAAGCAUUUUGUUGAUCACGAUUCCGAUGCUGGAGGUGGAGAUCGAAAUAGCGGAACCGAACAAAUGUCCGUUUCAGAAUCCGAUUCUGAAGUAUCAGCAAAGUUUGAAGAACAAACGGACUUACCGGAACACGAAGACCCACCGGAAACCGAGUAUAUUCAAAAAGAAGAAGGAGACGUUGCUUGUUCGCAAGGAGAACAAGUGGAAGAGCUAGCGGAAGAAAAUAAAUCGUUAAUAUGGUUUCUCGUGAAACAAGUUCGACCCGGAAUGGAUCUGUCCAAAGUCGUUUUACCAACAUUUAUUCUAGAACCUCGGUCGUUUUUAGACAAACUAGCCGAUUCGUAUUACCAUGCCGACAUUUUAUCAAAGGCAGUCCUGGAAGACGACGCAUUUACCAGAAUGAAAAUAGUUGUUCAGUGGUACUUAUCUGGAUUUUACAAAAAAUCAAAAGGAUUGAAAAAACCUUAUAAUCCCAUAUUGGGAGAAAGUUUCAGAUGUUUUUGGAAACAUCCCAACGGAUCUCGUACUUUUUACAUUGCCGAACAGGUAUCUCAUCAUCCUCCGGUUUCUGCUUUCUACGUAACCAACAGACAAGACGGAUUUAGUAUUAGCGGUUCUAUAUUAGCAAAAUCUAAAUUUUACGGUAAUUCGACUUCGGCAAUACUGGACGGGGUAGCCAUUUUAACCCUUUUGCCAAGAGGAGAAGAAUACUCUAUAACGGUUCCAUAUGCUCUUUGUAAAGGAAUUUUAGUCGGGACUCUGAGUAUGGAAUUGGGUGGGAAAAUUUCAAUAGAAUGUGAAAAAACGGGAUAUAAAACAGAAUUAGAAUUUAAGUUGAAGCCCUUAAUUGGAGGUUCGGAUCAAAUAAAUGGCAUAUCCGGAAAGUUGAAGCUGGGUAAAGAAACAUUAGCGACCAUCGACGGUUAUUGGGAUGGUUUGACUAAUAUUAAGGAUAAAAGAACAGGAGAAGAACAGGUUUUAUGGCAUCCGACACCAACCAUCCGGUCUACAAGACUAAAAAGAUUUACAGUUCCUUUGAAUAGUCAAGAAAGUUACGAAUCGGAAAAAUUGUGGGAAAAAGUUUCGGCUGCCAUUUUGUCGGACGAUCAGGUAGCCGCAACCGAAGAAAAAACCGCGCUGGAGAACGCUCAAAGAAAUUCGGCCAAAUCGAGAAAAGAAUCCGGAACGGAAUGGAUCCCUAAAUAUUUCGAACAGAAUUUAAUUAGCGGCGCUUGGGUUUACAAACAUUGCGAUUUAAGGCCCUGGGAUCCCCGUAACGAUCUCAUACAGUACGAAUAUAAUUACAUAAUAUUAACGAAAACGAGACAUCGAACUCCGAUGAUUCGAACUUCCAGCAUAGUCAGCGUGGAACCGUCUUCCGUGCAACCUCUUCUUCAAACAGAAUCCCGGUCUUCGUUGUCCGUGUUAAAAUCAUCCAAGAGGAGAAUAACGAGCAAAGCGAAAAGGCAAGAAAGUGUGAGUUCGUCGCAAGAUGGAGAACUUCAUAGCGAUUCGAGUCAGUGGGGUAACAACACGACAAACACGACAAGGCAUAAUAAAAUCGAUGACAGGAUAAUGGAUAAAAUGAAAGGACUCGAACAAGUAUUGAAAAUGAACAGCGAUAAAUUAAUGAAAAUACAACAAAAUAUGGAAACGCUGGGGAAAAUGCAAAGGGAAAGAGAUAGAAAAUUAUUAAAUCGUCCCCCCAGUUUAUUCAACAUGGAAAUUUUAUGGGCUUUGGCUCUAAUAUCCGCAUUUCAACUCGUCGCCAUGUGGUUUUUACUUAAAAAAGGAUGA